UUUUUUUGUUCAUCAUCUUGGGUUUACUGAGAAUUGUUGUUGAGCAAAUUUUUUUUUUUUUUUUUUGAUUCGAAUCCGUAGCCGUGAAUUCUUAUUGUAUGUGAACAGAUGUGUUCAGAAUAUCAUAUUAUUCGAUACAGAAACCCAAAAAAAAAAAAAUGUUGAUGGAAUUUUCUUUGGAAAUUGUCAACUAACAUUGUUUGGUUUUUAACCUGGUGAGGGCAGGAGAAUCGAUCAUUGUCAAGAUUUUUUUUUGAGUGAUUGAGCGAUUUUUCAUUGGAAAAUUUACAUUAAUGUAAAUAACGGUUUUUUUUCUUCUGGAUACUGUUCAAAAAUGACGAACAAACACAUGUGAAUAUAACAACAUGUUUAUUAUUUGAAAGAAUGUUUUCAUCAUCAAAUGUGAUAAUUUAAUCAAAAAAUGUCCCGACGAUGUUUUUGGCAAAAUUUUAAAAUGAUUCUAACCGAAUCAUCGUAUCGAUCAUAUUCAACAUUUUUAUCGAAUGCAACGAAACCGAAAUCAAUUGAAAAUAAAUUAAUAUACAAAACAAUAGAUCAAACAAAAUAUCGACAUCUGAUCAAUGAUGAUUAUUCAUCAAUUGAUUCAAUAUUGAAAGAAUAUGAUUACUUGAAAUAUAUGACCGGUUAUGUACCAUCGGAUAUUAGCGUGGAACAAAUGUCCGAUUUAUUAUCAAUGGAAAAUGAACGUCAACGUAAACAAUAUUUGCGAUAUUUAUUUCUAAAUGAAAUUCGUAAACAAAAAGAUGAAAGAAAACGUUCGGAACGAAAACAACGAUAUCAACAAUAUUUAGAUACUCGUGCUGAACGUACAUUCGGCAUUUUCGAUGAUAAUGGCCAACUUUCCUAUCAAUUGUGGUCAAAUACAAUGAUUGGUAGAAUAUCAUCAAGAAAUGUAUCACAUAUACGUACUACACAACGUUUACGUUAUGCAUCAAUGUUUGGACAGAAAUUAAUUAUCGAUCUUGAUUAUGAUGAUCAUAUGUCAUUAAGUGAAUGUCGAAUACAAGUGAAUCAUAUUAUGAGAUUAUUAGUGGAAAAUUUACGCUCAACAAAUGAUCCAUUUGAUAUUUACUUUACAAAUUGUGAUGAUCAAAAACCAACAAUGAAAAGUUUAUCCAAAUAUUUCAAUACAAUGCCUUUUCAGUUAAUGUCAUUAAAGGAACAAUUUCUAACAAAAAGUUAUAUGGAUGUAUUUGAUCAUAAUCUUCUUGUUUAUCUAACACCAAAUGCCACGGAAACAUUAAUCAAUUAUAAUCAUGAUGAUAUCUAUAUAAUCGGUGGUUUUCUUGAUAAAUCCAAUCUAAAUAAACCAGUAAGUCAUCUAAAGGCGUCAAAUGAUGGAAUCCGACAAUAUCGUUUACCAUUGGAUCAAUUCGUACCUUGGGGAUCGGGUUCAUCAAAACAUCUUUGCAUAAUGCAUGUAGUUGCCAUUUUAAAUCAAAUGAAACAGACUAAUGAUUGGAAACAAACAUUAUGUGAACAGAUACCGAAACGUAAAAUGAAAGAUUUCGAUGAAUUAGAACGUGAAAAUCGUGAACGAAAAUUAGCCUAUAUGAAACGGAAAUUGUCAAUCAAUAAUAAUCAUAUGGAAAUUUUAUGAUAAUAACCAAAAAAAAAAAAAUAUUGGAAAAAAAAUUAUAAAUACAAAUUGAUGAUGAUAAUGAAUGG